AUGAGUGAAAUUAUACCGGAGAUUGAGCAAACUAUAAGCCAACUUGAAAGAGGUACUGUUAUAACAGAAUUUUGUCAACGUAAAAGACCGGAAAAAAAGAUACUUAUGAUAAGACGAGAAACAAGACAAAUUUGUUGGGCUAAAAGUGCAACAUCUCGUCUAUAUGAUGGUUCAAUUGAAAUUAGAGAAAUCAAAUACAUUGUAGUGGGAAAAUCAUCAAAAGAGUUUGAUAAAUGGCCAAAGGAUUCAAAAAAAAUUGAAAAUCUUCGUUGUUUUAUAAUUUAUUAUGGCUCAGAAUUUCAAUUAAAAACUCUAUCAGCUUCAGCUUCUAGAGAAAAAGAAUGUAAAUUAUGGGUAAAAUGUUUACGUUAUUUGGUAAAAAAUACAAUAAAUGCACCGUAUCCAGUACAACUUGAACGUUGGCUUAAAAAAGAAUUUUAUCAAAUAAAAAAUAGUCAUGAAAUGGUAACAUUAAAAAAUAUUGAAUCAUUUAUGCCGCGUGCAAGUUGCAACAUAUCAACAAAUAAAUUACGUGAAAUAUUUCAAGAAAUAGAUAUUCGUGAAAGUAAAGAAUUAGAUUUCGAUAAUUUUGUAUUAUUAUAUUAUAAAUUAAUGAUUGAUUAUAAUAAAUUUAAUGAUUGGACAAAAUUAUUGUUAUAUUCAUCAGAUAAUAAUAUAAUAAAAUUGCAAGAUUUUCAAAAAUUUUUAAUAAAUGAACAAAAUGAUAUGACAAUUGCAAAUGAUACACAAAAAGUAUCAAAAUUUAUGAGGGAUUAUUUACAAGAUCCACAAAGAGAUGUACAAGAUCCAUAUUUUACAUUAAAUGAAUUUUUUUCAUUUUUAUAUUCAAAACAAAAUGACAUAUGGAAUGAUAAAUAUGACAGAGUAACACAAGAUAUGACAAAACCAUUAUCACAUUAUUGGAUAGCAUCAUCACAUAAUACAUAUUUAAUGGGUGAUCAAAUAACUAGUGAAAGUAGUUGUCAAGCAUAUGUACGUGCUUUACGUUCUGGUUGUCGUUGUAUUGAAAUUGAUUGUUGGGAUGGAUCAAAUGGUAUGCCAUUUAUACUUCAUGGAAAUACGUUAACAUCAAAAAUUAAAUUUAUUGAUGUUAUUAAAACAAUAAAAGAGCAUGCAUUUGUCACAUCUGAGUAUCCAGUUAUAAUUUCAAUCGAAGAUCAUUGUACAUUACCACAACAACGUAGAAUGGCUGCUGCAAUGCAACAAGUAUUUGGUGAUUUAUUGCUUACACAGCCAAUUGAUAAAAAUGAAACAACAUUACCAUCACCACAUGCAUUAAAACGUAAAAUAAUAUUAAAACAUAAAAAGCUACCAGAUGGUGUUGAUGAGACAAAAUUUAUUGCUAGAAAUAAUCCAGUUAAUCAAGAAAUGGAUGUACGUAAUACUUUAAAAAAUGGUAUAUUAUAUCUUAAAAAUAUUAAUGAUGACGGUUGGUAUCCACAUUUUUUUAUAUUAACAAGUCAACAUUUAUAUUUUAUUGAUAUAUUUUCACAAGGACAAGAAAUUGAAAUUGAUGAUGAUAAUGAUACAUCAUCAACAAAAACAAUGAUUAAUGGUAAAUUAUAUAGUGUAUCAAAUGAUGAAUUACAUUUUGGUGAAAAAUGGUUUCAUGGUAAUUUAGCACGUGGUAGAGAAGAAGCUGAUGAAUUAAUACGUAAAUAUUCACAUCUUGGUGAUGGUACAUUUCUUGUACGUCAAUGUGUUACAUUUGCUAGUAAUUAUUGUAUAUCAUUUUGGCGUAAAGAUAAAGUUUAUCAUUGUCGUAUUAAAUUAACAUCAAAAAUAGAAUAUUAUUUAAUUGAUAGUUAUUGUUUUGAUAGUUUAUACAGUUUAAUAACAUAUUAUCGUAAUAAUUUAUUAAAAGGUCAUGAAUUUUCAAUAAUAUUAAAAGAACCAGUACCACAACCAUGUCAACAUGAAACUAAAGAAUGGUGGCAUAAUAAUUGUACAAGAAUUAUUGCUGAGGAUAUAUUAAAAAAAAUAUCAAUUAAUGGUACAUUUUUAGUUAGACCAAGUGAAAAAGAAUUAGAUACAUAUGCAAUCUCAUUUUAUGUUGAUAAAAAAAUUAAACAUUGUCGUGUUAAAUUCGAAGGUAGACUAUAUACAUUUGGUGAAAUAAAAUUUGAAAGUCUUGUCGAAUUAAUCGACUAUUAUGGAAAAUAUCCACUAUAUAAAAAAAUACAUUUAAAUAAUCCAAUAAAUAACAAUAUUGAUUAUUUAGAUUUUCAAAAUAGUAAUAACAAUAAUGGAGAUGAUAAUGAUAGUGUUUAUGGUAUACCUGGUUAUGUGGAUCCAUCAUCAUUUAUAUCAAAAAUAACAGUAAAAGCAAUAUAUGAUUUUAAAGCAAGAAAAGAUGAUGAAUUGACACUUGUUAAACAUGCUAUCAUAACAAAUGUACAUAAACAAGAUAGUGACUGGUGGAGAGGUGAUUAUGGUGGUAAAAAACAACACUGGUUUCCAGCAAAUCAUGUUGAAGAAAUUGAAUGUCAAGACAGAGAUACAUUUGAUAAUAAUAAUAUUAAUAAAAAUGAUACAAUGAUGUUGGGUAAUUUACAAAAAGGUUCAUUAGAUAUAACUGGUGCAGUUGUUGAAAUUGAAUCAGAUGAUAAACCAGGAUUUAAAUGGAUUAUUAAAAUUCAUAAUCCAAAUAUGUGUGAUAUAUUUGAGGCAUGUACACCAUCAAAAGAUAUUGCAAUUGAUUGGAUGAAUACAAUUAAAAAAACAGCGGAAUAUGUUAAUGUUAGAGAAAUCGAAAGACAACGGAAAAUUGCUAAAGAAAUGUCAAAUUUAAUAAUUUAUUGUCGUUCAACUUCAUUUAAUAAUGAACGUAUUAAUAAUAAGAAAUUUAUAUUUCAAGAAAUGAGUAGUUUUUCAGAAAAAAAAGCUGAAAAAUUUAUGUGUCAGCAAGAGCAUGAAUUUUUUAUAAAAUAUCAUCAAAUACAAUUGAGUAGAGUGUAUCCAAAAGGACUAAGAAUUGAUUCAUCAAAUUAUAAUCCAAUACAAUUUUGGAAUUCUGGAUGUCAAAUGGUUGCAUUAAAUUAUCAAACUGGUGAUAGAUCAAUGCAACUUAAUUAUGCAAAAUUUCGUGAUAAUGGUAAUUGUGGAUAUAUAUUAAAACCUGAAUUUAUGUUUAAUGAUUAUUUUAAUAUGCAUGAUAAAAAAACAUUAAUUAAUGUUGAUGGUUUAAAUAUACAUUUGACUGUUAUUGGUGCAAGACAUCUUCAUAAAAAAUGUAAAAGACCAGCAAGUCCAUUUGUUGAAGUUGAAAUUUAUGGAGCUGAAUAUGAUACUGGUGUUAAAUUAAAUACAAAAACAAUUUAUGACAAUGGACUUAAUCCAAUGUGGAAUAAAACAUGUGAAUUUGAUAUAUUAAAUCCAAAUUUUGCAUUGAUUAGAUUUUUAGUACAAGAUGAGGAUUCAUUUGGUGAUUGUAAUUUUUUGGGACAAGCAACAUACCCGAUUCAGUGUCUACGAAGUGGCUACAGAUGUGUACCCCUUAAAAAUCAGUACAGUGAAAAUCUUGAACUUGCAACACUUUUAGUUUACAUAAAAAUUACCAGAAUACCAAGUGCUCUUCAAUAA